AUGGCUUCUCUCAUGAAGUUUGACGAGCACUCGUUGACGAAUUUAGCGGCUGUGGCCAAGCUCCCCAAAGUCCGGGCUACCAUUGUCGCACUCCUUGCGCUGGGUAUCCUCCCUCGCUUGAACAGGUGGUUUUCGCGACGAAAGGUGAACAACUAUGUCACAGAUACGACGUGGGACUGGACAAAAGAAGUUGUCAUCAUCACUGGCGGAAGCAGUGGAAUUGGCGAAUGUAUGGUCGAGAAGCUUGCUCAGAAGCAGACCAAAGUCAUCAUCCUGGACGUGAACGAGCCAAAGAGAAAUUUGAAAUCAAACAUCGUCUUCUACAAGGUUGACAUUACCGAUUCCUCCGCCAUUGCAUCAGUCGCAAAAGCUAUCCGAACCGAACACGGCGACCCCACGGUUCUUAUCAACAACGCAGGAAUCGGAAAUGCCGCCACGAUACUUGACGUAACGGAGGAAAAGCUUCGCAAGUUGUUUGACGUCAACCUCGUGGCACCAUUUUUGCUGGUACAGGAAUUCUUGCCCAGUAUGGUGCGCAACAAUCAUGGCCACAUAGUAAAUAUCGCGAGUAUGGCCUCCUUUGCCACUCAAGCCUGCAACGUCGACUACGCCUGCAGCAAGUCCGCGGUUCUCUCAUUCCACGAAGGCUUGACGCAAGAACUGAGACAUAUUUACAAGUCUUCCAAGGUCCGAACGAGCGUCGUGCACCCAACCUGGGUUAGAACACCCAUGAUCACCAGAUUGAUUGAACAGCGUACAUUCAAUGACCCUACAGUGUCUGCUGAGGAUGUCGCAACUAGAGUUGUUGAUGCCCUGUAUUCUGGAUAUGGAUCCCAGAUGUGUGUUCCAGAGUCGUUGAAUUGGACUUCCCUGAUUCGUGGUAUGCCGGGAUGGUUGCAGGAGGGACUCCGAGAUAAAGUGUCAACCAUGCUUGUUAUGGCGUUGGAAAAUUCCAAGAGCGGGUGA